GCAUUGACAAUAAUUUAGAAAUGGUUCAGUUCCUUGUUGAGCAUGGGUGUGAUGUUAAUCGAGGAGAUAAUGAAGGUUGGACACCACUUCAUGCUACAGCUUCAUGUGGCUUUCUUAGCAUUGCCAGGUAUUUGAUUGAACAUGGGGCCAAUGUUGCUGCGGUUAAUAAUGAUGGUGAUCUUCCAAUUGAUAUUGCAGAAUCAAGUGAAAUGGAAGAGUAUCUUUCAAAUGUACUUGAUGAGCAAGGCAUUGAUUGUGAUGAAGCCAGGUCAGAGGAAGAGCAUAUAAUGUUGGAAGAUGCAAAGCAGAUGUUAAACUCCAAUAAAUAUCAAGAUCGAAUCCAUCCACGCACAGGUGCUACUGCACUCCAUGUUGCUGCAGCGAAGGGUUAUAUAAAAGUUAUGAACAUUUUAAUUCAAGUUGGAGCAGAUUUAAAUGCUCAAGAUAAUGACGGUUGGACUCCACUCCAUGCUGCAGCUCACUGGGGCCAGAAAGAAGCCUGUGCUGUCCUAGCAGACAAUUUAGCUAAUAUGGAUAUACAGAAUUUUGCAGGGCAGACUUGUUUUGAUGUUGCUGAACCAGAAUUAGUUAAAUUGUUAGAAGAAUUGAAAAAAAAGCAAGCAUCUAUGCAGAAGGACAGACCAGAGAUUCAGGCUAUUCUUCAGAGAACUAGUAAUAGGCCACCACUGAAGCGUAGAACUUCCGUUACUCGGAUGAGUGGGCAGGAAAAGAGCAAGUCUGUUAUGAAGGAUACUAAAUCUGAAAGAGCUCAUAUUGAAAAUUUAACUCUUCCAGAAGAAGAGGGUGAAGAAGAAAAAGAAAAACGGCAAAUUGAAGCAUUAGAACGAGUGUCUGCCUUGAAAAAGGAUGUAUCAGACAAAGAAGAAAAAGACAUAUUACCAAAGAAAGUGCCAACUUAUGAAUCCAAACCAGCUGCUGUUGAGCCUAGUGUAAAGGAGCAGCAACCAGAAAAAAUUCCAUCUUGGAAGAAAGUCCUUAGGCGAUCAUCCGAAAAUUUAGAAGAUUCAAAUAUAGGAUCUGAAAUAUCAGAAGUAACUCUAAAAAGGCCAAAGAGAAGUAAUGAAGAUAGUAGUGAAAAGUCUAAUGGUCCCUUAGAAACUAAUAAAGAUGGGUUGAAGAAAAAUAGUGAUUUAACUUCCUUACACUCAUCCUCCCCCUGCACUGAAGCAAUUAGUGAAACCAGUAGUAUUCCCACCACCCCAUCAUCCCCAUCUGAUACAUCCUCUGAAUCUCAGUCACAAGAUAAAUGGAAACCUUUCAUUCCACCUGUUCGAGAUGAUGAAUCUGAGCUUCAGCGUAAAGCUCAUGCGAAGAGGGUGAGAGAAACACGUCGUUCUACACAGGGUGUAUUAUUAGAAGACAUAAAGUCAGCAGAAUUGCAGUAUUUAAUAAACACUCAGCGUGAAGCUGCUAAGAGACAAGCAGAAGAAACAGAUAUGAUUAAGCAGGCCGAAGAAGUAGAAGCCUUGAAGAGGCAGACAGAGGAAGCAGGAACUGAAUUAACAGAAGUAGAAGGCAACAAGAAAGAGAAGCAGAAGUCAGCUUCAGAUGAUAGUUCGGUAUGUGAUACACCGUCUUGGAAAUCUCGUAAACAAGGCCCAGCUGAUUCUAAAGAAUUUGAUGUUCUUUCUACAAAAGUUGACAGGCCUUCAAGGAUAGGUGGUAAAUCUGAGGAAGGUGGUAAAACCCCGGACUCUAGUGAUGGACCAUCUGUUACUCUUGUUCUUAGAUCAAAAUCUGCUAGUUCUCCAGACGACACAAGUCCAUCUGAAAGUCGAACAUCAUUAGGCAUACAAGCAGCAAUCCAAAGAAGGCGACGGCCCAAAAGACGUUCCACCGGUGUUGUUUACUUAGAUAGUGAUGACGCACAAGAAGAAAAGGAGAAUACAAAUGAUAAAGACUGUAAUUCUCAAACGGAAACUGGUCCUGCUGAAAGAUCUCGUCACCGGUAUGGGUCCUCAACAUCUAUUCCAGAUACUGCAUCAGAAGCUUCUUCUAGAAGUGAUACACCUUCACGUUACAGUUCCAUAAGCUCUAAGAGCAGCUUGAAUGAAGAGGAAAAUAAAGAUUAUAAAAAACUCUAUGAAGAAGUAAAGAAAGAAAAUGAAAGGUUAAAAGAGCAAUUAAGGAAAACUGAAGAAGAGCUAGAAGGAACAAAGAAACAAUUACAGAAAUUAUCUCAGAGUAAUUCUGCGAAGAAUUCACUGAGCGAUGCAGAGAAAAAGGAAAGAAGAAGUUUGGAAAGGAAGUUAUCUGAAAUGGAAGAAGAAAUUAAGAAUAUUUCCAAAUUAAAGGCUGAAAAUGAAAAGCUUAAGGCCGAAAAUCGAGCAUUGUCACGAGUGGUGUGCAAAUUAUCCAAAUAGCAACAUGAACUGUUGAAGGCUGAUUAUGAAAGGUUACGUGAAGAAAAUGGUGCUCUUAUUCGAGUUAUCAGCAAAUUGUCAAAGUAAUAGUUUAUUACUUUGUCUCCCUGUACCAAUAUGGAAACUACCCAUAUACCUGAAGUGGAUAUUGGUAUAUUUCACUGUUAAGUAUCACUGUGAAGACAGGCUUGUUUAUGAGACACUUUAGUACUUUUACCAAAACUGACAACUGGACUUGUUAUAUAAAAUUCACUAAACAUUUUGAUGAUUGGUGGUGCUCAUAUUUAUUACCUUUCAGUUUGUAAUGUAUCAAAGUAUGGCUGUCAAUGCUGAUUAUCAAGUUUAUAGCAUUGUUAUUUACAAUUUGCUCUUGUUACUUAAACUUCAGUUAAAUGUUGAUCUAGUCCUUCUGUAGAAGAAAAAUUCUACUGCAGUCUGUACUGAUUAUUUGGUACUUAUGCAUGUAGUGUUGUUUUUAUACUUAUGUCUGUCUUACAUCUCUGUGUUUCAAAGGAAGGAAAUGUGACAGGCAUCUUUAUCUCAUUGACUGUUGAACUAGAUUUUUUUUUCUGUACAAUGUAUGUCUGAGUUUUACAUAAACAUUUUAUAUUUUCACAAAACUGAUGCAUGAAAGACGCUAUAUUAAAGUGUAUUUAAGUAUAUAUAUGUGUAAUAUUAAUAUAUGAGUCAUUUGAUAUAAAAUAUAGAAGACAGUCUUCGACGGUGAAAAACAGAAAUACCUAAAAUGUGCAGUUUUAUUUUUAAUGUAUGUUAUUAAGAGCUUUUGAAUUUGUUGAUUUCAUUUACUAUAUUUUGAUAAGUUCUGUGAUGGAUUAGGCCUGGUGAUGUUUUCAUGGGAAAGAACUUAACUUUUAUCUUGCAUUUUAAUUGCACAUAAGUUUGAAUUAUGAAACAAAUUAUUUAUAUUAAAAAUUAUGUUUUUAUAUAAAAUAGCUUUGUUUUAAAGCACAUUAAUUUGAUUUUAUCCCAUUAUAUUUGUGUGCAUCAUUUAAGAAACGAAUAACCUAAUUAUAUUUGUCAAUGAUAUUAAAUUUGUUUAUUCUCCACUGUAAUGGAUUAUCAUUUUAUUAUACUGCUGUUAGUUGCUCAUCUUUUUUUUUGAUUUAUUAAAUAUAGUAUUUUUAAAUAAGUACUUUUAAUGCACAUUAUUAAAUGCAUUUUCAAAUAUGUGCCUUUAGGGUGCCUUGAGAUAUCAUGGAAUGAAACAUGAUAGAUCAUGGUUUACCAUCAGCACUGCCAGUGUUCUUGGAAUGUCAAAAGAUCUGAUUUAGAAGAAACAUUUUUAUAUACACCUUUCAUGCUGAUCUUAGAGAUACAAGUUUAAGAAGUAUUCUUUGUUGGUAGUUAUUUUCUUAUUAAUGGGAUAGUGUGCACCCAUGUAUACAUUUUGUAUAUAAUAUAUUUUCCAAGCAAUAAACAGAUUCAAAACACUAUUUUGUCUAAAUGGUUUCAUAAGUUCAUUUAGUUUAAUAAAAUAUAUAUUUAUAUAUAUACUCUUUUUAGAGGUUUAGGAAUGUUUUGAGAAAUGAAAUUUUUGAAAUUUAAUCAAUUCUUCAUAUGAAAGAUAUUUCGAUUUGAAAGAUUAUACUUUUUGCUACUUACAGACAAAAUUUUCUCUUUCUGGGGAAUUUAGAAGGAAUUCUGUCAAAAGUACAUUUUGCUUCAUUUCAUAAAUUUUUAUCUUAUUGUGAAUUUAUUCAUUUGUCUGAAAUAAAUUUUCUUCUACUUUUUGUCCAUGUUAAUUACAGCAUAAUACUAAAUUUUUAUAGAUAAUUUGGUUUUUGUAAUAGUUAAAAAUGAUUAAUAUGUUUCAACAUUUGAUGGACAGAAGUAUUUGUAAAUGAUUUUAUUUACAUACUUUAUUCUUACUUUUACCUAAGUUUAUGAACUUUCAUAUAACUAAAGGAAUAUUUUGCAUGGAAAUAUUUACAUUAGCUUAAUGAUAUAUUCUUAGCAAUAGAAGUAUAUUAUUCAUAUUUCAGAAGUGAAAUUUAAUCUUUAUUGAUGGAUAAGACUAAGUAAAAUUUUGUGAUGCUUUCUUUAAACAUUGUAAAGAAAUUAUUAAAAUUUUUGUAUUGUCUGCUUUUUGCUGUGUGUUUCCACUAUUUCCUCCUUUUCUAAAUAUAUUUAUUUUCAUGUAGUUUGAAUUGACAAUAUGUGUGCUGCAAUAAUAUGUCAGUUUAUGUUGUUCACUGUUCCACUUGCAGAGUGCAGUAGUAUUUAUAAGUUUUUGUUAACUUAUUAUAUUAAAUAAGUAUUAUUAUAAAUAUGUACAGAUCUAGGCAAAUGUGAAACAAUAAACUUUCACCAUAAAAA